AUGUUCGGUGUAGUAUUCCCAAACCGCAGUUUUCCAAUGGAUAUCUCAAGCUUCACACAAAUCGACACCUUCCACUGGAUUCUCGAUAUGAAUACUUUCGUGGGUGAAGCCUACGAUUCAAUUGGAGAAGUCUGCAUAUUUCUAAUAAACAACUUUACACUCCCUCCUGACAAGGCUCUAGCUGUUUACAUUCAAUCCCCGGGUUCCCCUUUCCUUUACUGCGGAGCAGUUACAAUAGCCCGGCCUUCUGCGGUUCUUUCUCUGCCUUGGCCGGAACCCGGUGGGCAAUUGCAGCUCACGGCUGAUGCAGCUCCGUUGUCCGCCAAAAUUGGUGUUUCAGUCGAGGACCUCUCGUCGCUGCCAUCCCUUGAUGUGACGGCAGAGAAGAAAAUCGAGCGUUUGGCAAUGAAAGUUGGGGAGAACUUGUUCAAUUUUAUGCAGUCAUUCUGUGGCGUUGAUGGGAGUAAAUUGGUGGUGCCAAUGGACAUAUUGGACCGGUGGUUUAAGAAGUUCCAGGAGCGGGCGAAGCGGGACCCCGAAUAUCUCAAGGGUUUUGCAUUGUAG